GCAGGCUGAGGUUAGUGCACCCGCCCCUGCAGAGCUGUCACAGGAGGGCUGAAGUGUCCGGGAAGGGCGCACAGUACCAGCUGACACCAUUUGCGGACCCUCGGUGCUUCUCGGCCGACCCCCGUGACGGCGGGGCACCGCCUCAGCAAGUGGAGGAGGACUCUCCGGUCCUUCGCCGCUCGCAGAGACCCGGAGGCGCCUGCCCCUCACGGCCGGGUGCGGGCUUGGCCAGCCCGGCGAACUACAUCCCCCGGCAGCCUCUGCGCCGCCGCCCUUCCCUUACCGGGCUAGAGCAGGUGUCUACGGCGGCGCGGCGCUUGGUGGAGCUGGGAGCGCCUGAGGAGGGGGAAGACGGUCCGGCUGUGCGUGGGGCAGGGCUGCUGCGGCCGAGGCAGGCAUGGACAAGCUCAAGCGGGUGCUGAGUGGCCAGGACACGGAGGAGCCAAGCGGCCUGUCCGAGGUUAUUGAAGCAACUUCGUUAAGUUGGGGCACCAGAUUGAAAGGCUUCAUUGCAUGUUUUGCAAUAGGAUGCUUGUUCUCUGUCUUGGGUAGCUGUCUGCUGUGGGUACCAAGGAAAGGGCUGACACUCUUCGCGGUGUUCUAUACCCUGGGGAAUAUUGCAUCGAUUGGGAGCACUCUUUUUCUAAUGGGACCAAUGAAACAACUGAAGAGGAUGUUUGAGCCCACACGUUUAAUUGCUACCACUGUUAUGCUACUGUGUCUCAUACUAACACUGUGUUCAGCUUUCUGGUGGCAUAAGCAAGGACUUGCCCUCCUUUUCUGCAUCAUGCAGUUUUUUGCCUUGGCAUGGUACAGCAUUUCCUUUAUACCAUAUGCAAGGGAUGCUGUGAAGAAAUGUGUUUCUGUUUGUCUGACCUAACAGGAAUACUGUAUGCUUCACAAAGUUCCUGGAAGUUCAGUAGAACUGUGUAAUGAUCACUGUGUAUGUGUUCUCCUGAUUCUGUCUUAAACACGUGCCUUUCAGCUUGUUGCUAGAAGCCCCUUGUGUUAAAUCCAGUGUAUGCAAUUGCUCGGUUGCGUAAGCAAUGGUGUCUGUAGGAAAGGGUGCUUGUGAUGAAAUGAAGUUCAGUCUGUCUGAAGAAUUAAGUAGACAGGGAUCCAGCAUCCGUUAGGAUAAUUCUUGUGUAAAAUCACCUGUUUGUUUGGUUUUGCAAAAGUUACAAAGCAAUACAAGAAAUCUGUAAAACGGAGACCUCGACUGAUGGGACCAUGCCAGGAUUUCUUUUUCUGGAAAAAGAAGUCAGUUGCUGGCUGAUUUCUUCCUGACAACUUGUUGGUGUCUUUAAAAUAGCCUUAUGUUACUUAAUCUUUGCACUGUUUGCCUUAGAUAAGGGAAUGUUUAUAUUCUUUCUUUUCCUUCUAAAAGAGUUAAAUGAAAAACCCCUGUUUUGGAGUUAAGUGUGAAAUGUUUACAUCUUUAUUGAAGUUUAUAGUUUUCAGUUUAGAUUGAUGGUGUUUCUUUUAAAAUAAGCAAAAGAGACAUUUUCAUCUGCAAAAACCUGCUCCUCUGGGAAAAGCACUUGACAAAAUAAGGUUAACACAAUCAUUCAGUUGCCGGGAACUUGAAUAAGUCUUUGCCUAGUGGCAGUACAUACAUGGUAGGAAAGUGGAAGUGUUCACAUGAAGCAAGGUGCCUCUUUUCUCCCCUAGCUGUAGCAUAGGAGCAGUGUGAAGCUGAGGGCAUAAGUAAGCAGAGAGAAUUUAUUUAUGUUCUUACUCGAGGGACAAAGUGUUGAUAAGCUGAAAGCAGGCUAUUGUUUAAGCAGUCUGGGCCAGGGAGAAGACUUUCUUCUGAACUUGUAAAUAAAUUAAACCUCCUUUUUUUUUCUUUUCUUUUCUUUUUUUUUUUUUUUGUAAGUGGGAUCACUAAUUUCUCUUGAAGUUCUUGAGCUAGUGAACUUCAUCAGCUUUAAGGAGAAAGUAAGCGUUCUCUUGUCUUCUUUAGCAAAGAAAGCAUGUAGCAAUCUAGUUGCUAGCUUCGAACAAAUGCUGAGCAGUCAGUUUCCAAAUUCCAAGGCCACUCUACAGUCUCUUCUGGGCUAUGUAUAAUCAUUUACUCCCACAACAUUGCAGUGGUCAUUGUUUAAUAGCUGAGCACAGAUUCCUGCUUCUGCUGUGCAGGAUACUGUUUAAUUUUCACCUUUCCCAUUGCCAAACUGUCUUGCUGGAGUCAGUGUCUAUUAUCCAGUGGACUUAGAGCUGAAGCCUCUCUUCCUCCCUCUACCAAGAGUUUAGUCAUUUAACAGCAUUGUGUUUGUAUGGCAGGCAUAUACCCAACUUGUACUACAAAUAUUGUAAUGUAGGGAAAGCCUAGAUCUGUUUGGCAAUAAUAAAGCCAAAUAAUUCUGUGGCUUCCAGAAGGUUAUUAGAAAUUGAGUUAAUUCAAAAAUCUUAAGCCUAAGUGUCCUUCUAAUAAUUUAUAAAGCACAGUACCAUCUUGCUGGUAGGAUCCUCUUCAAAAAUACUCUCCUUUGAGGGUAGUGUGAAAAGCCACUUUUACCAGGCUCUCUCUGCGUUCCAGCUGUGUAGAGUUACUGUUACAAAGGCAGUUGAAUGGAAAAUGCCACUGUUACUGGGACGAAUCAGUUACACAAGAUGAUGUUUGAGUGCUAUGUCUUAGUGCUCCCCACUGCUCAGGAUUUGGAGGUUAGUGUUGAAAUAAUUAGGUUGAGCAUUACUUUUGUUGAAGGAAGAAUUAGUUGAAUGCCAAAGGGAGAGUGUGAAUUAAACAAUACUGAUACCUCUCUUCCCUGACUGAUCUAAGGCAAGUAUCUAAACUGAUGUGUAUCUUAUCAGGGAGUAGGUUCAUAAUCUAAUUUACAUCUGUCAAAGGAUCCAUAUUAGUCUCUUACUAGGUCUUUCAUAAUGUUUACAGAAUUCCCUUGUAUAAGGGCAGCUGAAGUGCAACCCUGAUGCCUUUUACGUUCCAGUAUUUUCUGGCUGUCCCUGGACAAUGCUGCUAGUACAGCAUGUUUCUCCUUCUACUGUCCAGGAAAGUUAUGUUAACUCUGACCAUUGUUCCAGGCUUAUUAGUAGUCAACAUAAUGAAAUUUGACUUUUGGGGUUCUUUCCUUGAAUACUUCACAUUAGGAGAAGUAAAAGCCUUUUGCUUACUCCCUGAUUCAAUUGUGCAGGAUUCUGGCACCCUGACUCUCUAGCAGUUCCUCUAGAAGAACACUGGAAUUGGAUAUGCUGCAUACCAACUUUUCAAGUUGCAUAUUCACUAGCUGGACCCUUUUAGUUGACUCUUGUGAGCACGACCACUUACAGGUAGGAAAUUUAGGAAGCAACCCAUACAUAUCAGGUAAACUUGAACUGAUGCUGUAAUUCAGCUCCACAGCCUUUUUUUCCAGUAAGAAAGCAGAACAAAUGUCUGACAGCACAGGAGGCUAAGCAACUGUAACUUUAAAGAAAGGGAACCCAAGGAGAGAUGGCAAAAAUAUAAGGAUCACUAGAGUGCCUUUUGGUGUUUUCUCUUUCUGUGGAGGUCAGGCAGUAGAAGAGACUUGCCAUAUUCUUGCCAAUACAGGAAGCAUACUCAGGGUUUGUUGCUUCCUCUACAAGCAGUUUUGAUUUGAAGUUACUCUAUCAGAACAAAACUCUUCAGAUUCUUGCUCAUUUCUAAGUAUUUGUGUUCAGGUUAUUGCCAAGUUUGGCAGCAAAAGAUUUUUCUGCUUUUUACUUUAUAAGUUUUUACAUCAUCAGAAAUUAAACUACUGUAUGAAUAUUCCUUCUUGACCAGUUUCAAUAUGAAUUAGGUUAUACCUUUUUACCAUUAAAACAACUUUGUGUUAAAUUUUGAUACCAUCAUCUUUGGUUAUCUGCUAUGCAGGUGGCAUUUCUGAAGCCUUCUCUAGCUUUCUCUUUGAAUGUCCUUGAAGGCAGGAAUGUUUAUAUUCACUCUACUGCAAACAUUUGUGUUAUAAAUAACAAAGCUCCUUCCUUGCUGAGUUGUCUACAGCACUUAAGGCUGACUUUCCUUAAGAAUCUUGAAUGAUAGUGGAUGGCCAUCCCUGUAGAAUUUGAUGUUCUUCAAGACGGUUUUUGACUACUUUUGAUAUUGGUCAAGUUGCCUAGCCACUUGUUUUACAUUUUCCAGUACAUUGAUAACAUAACCUUAACCAAGCAGCCUUAGCAUACAGCUCUAAUGUGAAAUGUGCAUAUCUGGGAUUAGCCAACUUUCUGGAUAUGGUAGAAAUGGAAUUGGGGAGUCUGAUAGCCAGCUGUUUCCAGAGAACAAUGAUUGUAUACAUUAAAAUGUGGAUUUCCCCCCUCCAUUACUUCAGAAGUUUUGCCGUGGUUAAUGUGAUGAAUUUCAUUGUGAGUACUGGUACUAUCUGAGAUGGUUCUACAGCAAUUUCAUCUUGUUUAGUAUUUACAGUAAUAAGAUUGUUCGUGAGCUACUACAAAAAAAAAACAAGGAACAAAUUCAGGCAUCAAGUUGAAAUUUGAGAAAUCAUGGGUAUUCUGUUUCUUUAAAAAACAAAAAGUCUUAGGCUUCAUGUGUGAGUACUUUACUAUGCAAGUCUGGGGAAAGGGAGAGACUCUGCUAUGUGUGACUUCCAUCUGGGUGCAGAAUGAGAGGUGUGAAUUGGUUGUAACCUGUGAGUGUAUCACAGCUGGUGCACAGUGCAUUUGAAGGCUUGUAGCAGCACGUUGCUGACAUGCAAUCUGAAAAUCCUGUCCUUCUAGAGCUGCCUUCUGGAGCAGUGUGGGCUCUUGAAUCUCAUCUCAUUCUCCUGUGUGCUAAGAGAUUGAAAGAGUUUCUGGCAACAAAUGGUUAUUGCUUAGUUUUGGUACUUAAUCAUGUUGUUGAAAGUAAGAUCAUCGUUGCUGUUUUACACUCUCAGAACUGAGGAGGAGGAUGUUUAAGCCUUAAAUACUGAUGUUUACAGCCAUAUCAAAUGCUGACCGUGGAGGACAGAGCACAGAAAUGGUCUAUUUUUCUUAAAACCAUGUGCCUCACUGUAAUGUGCUAACAUUUUUUUUUAACAGCUCUGGAAUUGUUUUGUAAAAUAAAACCCAAACUCUUGGAAAUUCUUUACUGGUUCUGUUUGCUCUUGUGCCUUUUCUAUGUGUUUAAACUGCUUGAUUUCUACUUUGGUAAACAUCUUUUUUCCUACCGUAAUAUUUUGUCUGUAAUGAAGCAAAGUCUUUAUUCAUAAAUGCUGGGAGUGUUUUUCCUUCAAUAAAAUUAUCAUUGCAUUAAGUGAA